AAACAAGCGCCACCGAGAACGCGAGUGUGGAGCAAGUUGAGGUCAUGGGCCCUCGGCGCCUCCUGUUGGUUGGGGAGGGGAAUUUCUCCUUCGCCGCCGCCCUGAGCGAGACCCUGGAACCGAGCACUACUUGUCUAAUCGCCACCUGCCUACAGCGCCCGGCGGACCUGGCCCGGAAUCCCUUGGCCCUGGAGAAUCUGCAGCGCCUGCGCGAGCGAGGUACAGAGGUGCGUUUUGGUGUGGACUGCACCCGGCUGGCAGAUGCCUUUGAAUUACAAGACAGGGAGUUUGAUCGAAUUUAUUUCAAUUUCCCGCACUGUGGACGCAAAGCUGGAGUGGCUAAAAACAGAGACCUGCUUGCUAAAUUUUUCCAAAGUUGUGCAGAUGUUCUUGCAGACGCAGGAGAAGUGCAUGUGGCACUGUGUAAAGGACAAGGUGGGACUCCUGCUGACAAGCCCAGGAGAGAAUGGCACAACAGUUGGCAAGUGGUUGCCAUGGCAGCUUUGGGAGGGCUCAUUUUAAGUGAUGUGCAUCCCUUCAGUUGUGAGACAGUGCCAGGGUACAAGUGUACGGGAUAUAGGAGUCAAGAUAAGACGUUUCACCUCAAAGGUGCUUUGAACCAUAUCUUCACCCGGAGCUUGCGCUUUGAAUGUUUUCAAUCCAGAAUCUUCAGAGUCAGACUGGGUGACCAGUGGUUUUCCUUUCCAGAACCAGAAGCACUUGCAGGAAAGUUGAACAGGGGUUUCCUGGAAGCACCUUCAUGUCAUCCUGUCAAAAUCAUAAACGAGAAACUCAUUGCUGCUUUGGGCAAAGCUUUCCCUCUAGAAAGACUGAAGUGUUCCUUCCCUUUGCUGUCACAGGGAGGCAACAGUGUUCUCACUUCCUGGAACUCUGAUUUUCUCUCAGCUGCCUUUUGGAUUAAUCUCCUCGAGGACAACUCAAAUGCUGAGCCACUGACUGAUGGGACAACACAAGAUAUAGAGGAGUUUCUCAUGUCAUUUUCAGGACUUAGCCUUCCUAGUGGUCCUGAAAGAGAUGAUAAGGAAGAAGCUCAUGAAGGAAUCUAUGGCCAGGCCAAGGUCUGCCUUAGACCUUCUCUCCUCAUUCAUGUUCAGGCUAUCAUCCAAGCAGUAGACUUUCUCCUAGGUUCUCUGUAUAUCCUCAGUGGACCCGUCUUUAGGAAGUGCCUCAUCUUGCCUUUCACAAUGCCAGCAUUUCAUGAGACUUUGUUAAUCCUUGGGUUUAAUCCAAAUCUGAAGGACAGCUGUCUUCAGUCACUACUGGAUCAUCUGAAGCAUAUUCUAGAUAACCUGCUGACCCAGCCAUUGGUAGAAGGCUCUAAGUUGAACAGUUCGGUGGAAUUUGUCCUUCAACCAAAUGGAAAAGAUUAUACGAUUAGUGUAAAGCCUCAUAAUUUUGAUCUAGACGGUGCCAAGGAUUUGAUUAUUGGGUCUGUCACCACAUCUUCUGCAGACAUUAUACACAAAGACCAAUGUUUUGUGUCUGUAUCUGUGAACUUGGACCUAUUAGCCAUGCUUGUCUGGGGUAUCUCUGACUGGAGAAUGUUGUGGACCUUUGAUAACCGUUUCCUGAAGCAUUUUGCCCCUGGGAAAAUAGAACCCUUCAAAAACUAUUCCCUGUAUCCCCCAUGUUAUAUGCAUGAUAUUAGUUUUUGGUUGGAUGAGAAGAAAGGACUUGAUGAACUAGAGUUUCACACUAUGGUCCGAGAAGUGUCCCAAGAUACUGUCAUAUCCAUACAGUUUCUUAGUUGUUUUCAGCAUCCAAAGACGCAACAGGUCAGCCUGUGCUAUAGAUUGAUCUACCAGACCUGUGACAAGGCCCUGACGCAACAGCAAGUAGCAUCAAUGCAGUCCCGCCUUAGGAGAGAAAUUCAACGACGACUACAUGUGAUACCUCGGUAGUUUAGUAUAUUUAUUUCUACAGUGUGACCCUUCAU